AUGCUCUUGGCUCAGUUUGUGUGGCCUCUUGCGUUUGGGCUGCCGUUAGAAAAGGAUUAUAAUAUCCAGCUGCGGCUACCUGGAUCGAAUGAAAAUGACCCGCGAGUGAUAAACAACAUCAACAUCAUCAUCAACGUUGGCCCUGGUGACGAAAAUGUAGAUCUGGAAACAAGCAAGGAGAAUCUACAAACGCCCCUGCUUGAAACGUCCUCAAUAUCCACUCAGUUGGAAAAAACAACUUCCAGCUACAAUGAAUUGACGACAGUGGCGGAAAAGAUUGCCGAUAAUUACACUUCGACAGACAGAGAUAUUUCAUCAGCUACUACUUCCACUUUACCGUCUUUGGAGACAUCUGAGAAUGACACCGUCAGUGAUUCGUUUUAUUCCACAGUCGGCGCGACAACAGAGCCACCCUGGACGGCGAUGAUGUCAUCUACAACGUCUAUGAAUUCAGAAACAAGUGCGAUAACGAGCAUUGCUCCUGAAACGUCAUUAAUAGAACCGGUGGGAACUGGAGAUGAGAUUCUUGGAUCUGAGCAGAAUAUUUCCACGAUGACGGCAAUUUAUAACCCCUUAUUGAGCACAAUUGCUGACCGAGUACCAAUCAGUUCGAAUUCUGGGGAAAAAUCAUUGAACAAAGAUGCUGAUAUUUCUUCAAUUGAGAUGGGAACUUUUCCGGAAGAAACAACAACUCAAGCUCCAAAAAUAAACUCUACGGAGCCCCACUUUUUAUCAUCAACAUCCGUGGCCACCCCAGCGCCCAGCACGGGCACGGAGAGACACGCCACCUUGAACACGACCCCAGAUUAUCAGAACGACAAUGAUGAACGAGACGAAAAAGUCACAAACUCGACGGAAAUUCUCAAAACAGCCGGCACCAUAACUUCCAGUUUUACUUCCGCUGCUGAAGACUUAACGAGCACAUCGGUUUCAGCUCUUGAGCCAACGUGGGAAAUCUCAAACCAAACACAAUUGUCUAAGGUCGAAAAGGAAGCCACCACAAUUGCUCCAGUCUCUGAGACGACAAAGUUUCAGAUGGCCAAUGAAAGUGCCACAUCAUCAGAAUCGUUAUCAACAAGACCAGAUGAAACGACAGAAGCAAAUUUUACGACAAUUGACGACAUUACAACAGGCUCUCUUGAUGAUAUAACCACCGAGUCAACGAUGAUAACUGCGACCCAAAAUUUCGAUCAUAUAUCAGUGGAUUUCAAUGCUGAACCUGAGAUCAAUGAAGCAAGUGGAGAGGGUGUAUUUGCCAGCGAAAAUGCAACUACCGGUAUAAUUGGCGAUAAAUCAAGAACUGUGACCGGUACUACCACCCUAAAGUCACCUGAAGAUUUUUCUACGUCAACUGUCCUAGCUGCCACGAUGACAACGACGGAAGAAAACAGCUUCGAUUUAGUUAAUACUACCUCAUUCCUUGACUUUUCUACAGGAUCACACACUGUUAGCGCGGAUUAUAUUAAUGAUGAAAGCUACACUGUCAAUGCUACAAGUCUUUCUGUAAUAACAUCGAAAAUUGAAGACUCAUCAACAACGAUUCUUUCAACACCGUCUCCAGUAACAUCCGAAGUAUCGACUUCUACCUUUCGUAUUGAUCAAACGAUAACUGAGCCUUCUUCGACUUCGACUUCAACAACUUCUUCCUCUAUCGAUUUUACUUCUCCAUCGACAACAUCAGUUUCUACUGAAAAUUUGCCCGUAACGAUGAGCUCAACACUCUCACCAACAUUAAUAACAUCUACAGCAGAAACUCUUGAAACUUCGUCAAUGAUUUCAACAGCUAGGGAAGACGAAUCAACAACUGAAGACUCGACAACAAGCCCGUCAAACUUAGUUUUUCUGAAUACGACAAAUGCAGAGCAGCAAACUACCGGUUCGCUAAGUUCAGAGUCAGCUGCUGUUGCAACAACUCCAAAGGCUUUGACAUCGACAACAGCAGAGUCGGAAAUAUUUUUGAGUACAGAUGUGCCAAUGAGUCCGGAUGUGUCAACUUCAGAAAUCACAGGUGUUUCAACAGAGUCUCUGAAAACGGAAAAGACAAAGAUUGACACAAUCACUACCGCCGCUGAAACUUUCUAUACGGAGUCAAUAUUAGCCUCUACUACGAUUUACUCUUCUGAUUUCACCGCUGAGGCAACAAAAGAAUCCCCGACAGAACAAUUUACAAUUUCAGAAGUUACUGUCAAGGACAAAGAAGCAUCAGAAACUAAUACGCCGUCGACCCCGAAACCGGAAGGAUGCAAGAGAUGCAAUAAUUGUCUCGGAGAAAUCAACUUCAAAAAGAAUCAAAAAGGCAACGCAGCAAACAAUAAAGAUUGCAAUGUUCAAUGCUCCUCUGGCUUCGAUUUCUACAACGAUGAUUUGAUUCUUCCGGCAGAAUGCGACGCUGAUUUCGGAUGCUGCCUCAAACCGUCUCUCAAGAUUGGGCAUACGCUUCAGAAGUACAAUUUGAGGAGAAAUUAUGGAACUCCAUAUGCCGAAGCCAGCUCAACCUUUGCUCUUUUUAACAUGCUUGUUGACAACUCAUCAAAGUCAUCAACUGCCGGUAAUUACCGAGACAAUCAAAACUCCCAAACACUUGUUCGAUUAAACUCAAAGCCCGGAUUCGAAUCAUUAGAGCUUGGCGACAAAAUUGCGCUCAUUUUCGCCCUUGAAUCUGCUGAUGGCGGCACAGAUGUCAAAAAUUAUGCUGAAAAUAAUGCCAUCACAGCUGAAUUCUUUCAUGAACGCCAUUCUUGUUUCUGUGCUGGAAACGAUGAAUUCUGCACAUACCUCAAUCCUCCACCAACUAAAUUCGCUAGUUUUAAUAUCGAGGUUUUCGGAACAACAAAAUAUGGCAAGACGGAAGUUAAAGAUCAAAUCAUUCAGAUUUUAACUAGAUAUGAUAUUGCAACGAUACAGGAAAUUCGAGAUGCAACAGAAACCGCGUUUCCAAAUCUCGUUGCAGACAUCAACGCUGUCAAUGACAUCUACGACUCCUGGACAGGCGAGAGGCAAGGUAGCUCAAGCAGCAAGGAACAAAUCGGCUUCAUUUGGAAUCGAAGUCAAUUCACAAAAAUUGACGGGUACGAUUUUGACGAUUCUGCCACUCUGUGGUUCGAGCGACCUCCUACUGUUCUCGUUCUUGAGCGAGCCAGCGAAAAACGUGCACAGUUCAAGACGCAAAAAUUUGGCAUCAUUUCAGUCCACUUGAAGCCCGCUUCUGGCUCGACAAACAUGGUCACGGAGGACGAAAUCAAUCACUUACAGGAUGUCUACGACGAUCUUCUGGUCAAGCACGCGGAUCUUGUCGAUGUCCUUGUUGUAGGUGACUUCAAUGCUGAUUGCACUUACGUUGCCGAUCCAGAAAGCCUUGAUCUCUUCACUGAACCAACAAAUGACUGGCUCAUCCCUUUUGACGCCGAUACUACUGUUUCAGCGACUAACUGUGCUUAUGACCACAUUGUGCUCUACGGAGAUGUCAGAAACAACGUCGCUAGCUCUGGAGUCUUCGACUUCCAGACUCACUUUGACACUGAUAAUAUUUUUUACGAAGAUGAUCCAAUCACCGAUCUAAUUUCCGAUCACUUCCCUGUCGAAUUCGAAUUUUUCUAA